AUGGAUCCUCCACCAGAACCAGUUACCUAUAUCUGCGGAGACUGUGGGCAAGAAAACACCUUAAAAGUUGGUGAUGUGAUUCAAUGCCGAGAAUGUGGUUAUCAUAUCUUGUAUAAGAAGCGAACCCGUAGAAUCGUUCAAUAUGAAGCACGUUGA